AUGGCAUCCCGACUGUCUAUCGAGCCGCAGGCCAGGCCCGAUCAACCACGGCCUGAGCCUGGCCAGAUACUCCUUGUGAUCCACGAUUUCGCAGCAAGGAGCUCCGAUGAAUUAAGUUUGGUGAAGGGGGACCGAGUAGAACUGAUUGAAAGGGAUGACGAUUUUGGCGACGGCUGGUAUCUGGGCCGGCACUUGAUCAAUGGCAACAGUGGUCUUUUCCCUGAAGUUUACACGAGGAUUGCACCGCGAGGCCCUCCGUCCUAUCCCCCUACUUCAGUGCUAGCAAAAGCUGCUGCAGCCGCCAGCGAGCCCCCUAAACAGGCCCCGAUCAUAUCUCCUGCGACAGCCGUUGCUGAUAGUCCAGCUUCUGUCUACAAUGAGACUCGCAUGUCAGCACCACCUCCCAGCUCGACCACGGCUCUGGACAAUAAAGACAAAACCCAACAAGCUAGCCGACAUGUGAGCGCCUCAGAAGUACUCAGUUCCUCAAACCCAAGUACACCUUUGACUCCCGCCUCAUUUGCGACGUUACUUCCUGAAAAGGACCUGCCUAUCCCGCCUACGAUCAUUACCACGUCGGCGCCUGCGCCUAUACAACCUAAAAGCGUUACCGCCGCAGCAAAAUCUCAUGCUCAUGGCCAGGAUAGUCCUGUCAUGAACGAGACCUUGAGUGUCAUCGAUGAGCAUAUCACGGAUAUGAAUUCGCCCCACCAUAGCGCUGUACUCUCGGAACGCAGAGGCACCAAUGAUUCUGGCAGCGAAUACAGUAGCCAUAUCGACCACCGACUCUCUUAUAUCAAUGGCGAAGAAACCGACGAGGAGGAAGAGAUGUCACACACUGAGGAAGAAGUCGCGCGCUGGACACCGGAUCAGGUGGCAGAAUAUCUUUUUACCGUGGGCGUUGAAGCGAAGCAUUGUGAGGUGUUUCGGGAUCAGGAAAUCACUGGCGAUGUUAUCCUCGGAAUGGACCAAACAUCAGUCUUCCUGAAAGAAUUCGAGCUCGGCUCUGUCGGUAGACGACUCAAAACAUGGCAGAAGAUCAAAGGCCUUCAAGAUGAGGUUAGCGGGUCUUCUUCCACGAGACGAAAUACAGGAACGUACGGUAGCGAGACAGGGUCGGAGUCAGGCCGCAGGACACGAAGUAUAAAUUCAUCUGUUUUGCCCCGAAUACCAAGCGUGAUGGAAGAUAGUCCCGGAAAUCGCCAGAGCGCGCGCUUGUCGCUAUCACGGGCCCCACAAGCUGGUGGACUACAGAAUGAUACAUUUGUAGCUGCAGGAGCCAAAACAGAUGAACCGUACCGAAGGCCUGGGGAAAAGCGACCAUCCGCUGCAUCUAUCCGUGAUAUGCAACACUCACGCCAAAAUUCCACGACAGAUUUCAACACACCUCUUAUAGGUACAGUAGCAAAUUCUCCAAAGCUAUCGCUACCUGAGAACCAAACACAUAAGAAACAAGCAUCAUUUGAUAAGAAUUGGACGAUGGGCUCGGCAACAUCUCCCUCGCUUGCUAGUACUAGACCGCUUUCUUCCUCCGGAGUUAAAGGUGCAGCGCGAAGUACUACGGGGCCCCUAUCACCUGGGAUGUUACAUUCUACAAACCUCGAGGUCCUCGAUCGUGGGUACUUUUCAGGCGGGGAGGCUGAUGGGAGACAAAGAAAUGUGCUUCGAAAAAGGGGUAGCACUCAGGGAGGAGCGCACUCGCGCAAUUCAAGUUACACCGAUGAGCAAAGAUUGCGUAGCGCUACCGCCAAUUCCAGGCAUUCAAGGUAUGGGAGUGUAGAUUCGACUCGUGACAGCGUUCUUCCGUCUGCUUCCCAGAAAUACUACGGCCUGUCCGUGAACGGCCGUCGUAGGACGCCUUCCGAAAGUUCUGUUAACGCGCCUCCACGCCCUCCACCUCCUCCGAAAGAUGUCCCUUCUCCAACGGUCACCAAGCUCGAGGAUAACACCUUUGACGGUGCCAUGGGGCCAAAAUCGCCAGACGUCCAACCAUCUCAGUCACGGGGGCCGGCGGACUGGCUCAUGCCUUCGAAGUCAAGCUCGAGUCGUUCCUUUGGACUCCGUGCAAUUUCAGACGCAGUGACUGGGCACGAAAAAUCGCGCUUAAAUACUCCUACAGAAGCCAUCCCUUCACCAUCCAAGGAAUCACCGUUAGUAUCUCCAUCACGUACCGGGUCUAGCACUCCAUCUGCUGGUCCCAGUUUCGACCUAGACUCACCGAACGCCGCCAACACAAGCACACCUAGCAAUGGACGAGCAGCGAGGAAAAAGUCCAAGAAAGAGACAAGCGCAUAUACACGCGGCCUAGAAAAGAAGCCUCCUAAAGAACAGAUGAUCGGUGCAGACUACAGUGGAUGGAUGAAAAAGAAGAGCACAAACUUGAUGACAACAUGGAAACCACGUUUGUUUGUUCUCAAAGGCCGUCGACUCUCGUACUAUUACUCUGAAGACGACCAGGAGGAAAAGGGAUUGAUUGACAUCUCGUUCCACCGCGUUCUGCCUGCAGACAAUGACCGGUUGACUGGACUCCAUGCAACCUUGACAGGUGCUACGAACAGUCCGACGAGCCCUGCAGGGGCUCAACACGUGACCAUUGCCUCUGCGGAAGCUGCCGCUGAGCCAGAGUCGACUCUGAGCAAAAGUACCGGGGAUUCCAUGUUCAUAUUUAAGCUCGUGCCGCCUCGAGCUGGGUUGUCGAGAGCUGUCACGUUUACAAAACCAACUGUUCAUUAUUUUGCAGUUCCGAAUAUCAAACAAGGGCGUUUGUGGAUGGCGGCGCUCAUGAAAGCAACAAUUGAUCGAGACGACUCGAAACCGAUCACAACGACCUACCAGCAAAAGACCAUCUCACUCGCGAAGGCGAGGCAAAUGCGGCACCGUCCUCCUGCGCUCAUGAACCUCGAUGAAGCUGUGGAGCCGCCAAUGCAAACGCCAGCGAGCGACAAGAAUGGUCUAAACAUUCAAGGCAUCAUAUACGAUCAGGAGAUGCACGAAGGGGAUAGUGGAGUGUCGGGAGUUUCUCGAUCAGAUGUCCAGCACCCGGAAAGCGCAAAGGGCGCUUUCGAGAAAAGGUACACGAAUGGGUCGAACGAAGUUCCCGAACCAUUAACUGCAUAA